AUGGAUCCUCGUCGCGCGCAACCUCUGCGCAGGACGCCCUCUCCCAGUCAUCCUCUCCAUCAGGGCUACCAACUCGACGACCAACCCUACGGCCACCAACAACAUUACAAUGCCCCCGGCGGCCAUCCCCAGCGCUUCGGUACUCCCUCUGACCAGCUGGACAUCCAUGCCGCCCAAUCCGUCGACACUCUCCGACAAUACGACCAGAGCCCCCAUCCCGGCGGCAGCCAGGUUGGCCAGCAGCAUCCUGGCGACUACAGCGUAAAUCCCGAGGCGCAUCACGACCAGUACUACAACUCCCCAUACGAACCCGGUCUCCACGACGGUGGCUAUGAUCAGGGAUACAACAACCAGGGCUACAACCAAGGCUACGACCAGCCUGGAUACAAUCAUCAGGGCUAUGAGCAAAAUGACUACUCCGAGUCUGGCCACCCAGGCAUGCAGCAAGAGCAGCGACUCUUGCAAGACGACCCAUCACAGCAGCAUCCCACUCAGCCUCCUCUCGCUGGUGGCCCCGCAAUCAAGAGAUGGAAAACCGUCAAGCAAGUCCUCCUCUAUCGCGGCAAUUUGGUGCUCGACUGCCCGGUCCCUCCCGUCCUCCUCCAGCAGAACCCGCACGGCGAGCGCGAUGAGUUCACUCAUAUGCGAUACACGGCCGCCACCUGCGACCCCUCUGACUUUUACAAUGAAAACUUCACACUUCGCCAAAAACUCUUCAGCAAACCCCGUCACACUGAGCUCUUCAUCGUCGUCACCAUGUACAACGAAGAUGAUGUCCUCUUUGCCCGCACCAUGAUCGGCGUCUUCAAGAACAUCGAGUUUAUGUGCAACCGCCCAAACAGCAAGACCUGGGGCAAGGACGCCUGGAAAAAGAUUGUCGUCUGCGUCGUCUCCGAUGGGCGAGCCAAGAUUAACCCGCGAACCAAGGCCGUCCUCUCCGGUCUCGGCGUGUACCAGGAGGGUAUUGCUAAACAACAGGUCAAUGGCAAGGACGUCACGGCGCACAUUUACGAGUACACCACGCAAACCCACAUCACCCUGAAGAACGACGUUGUCGGCCUCGUCCACCGACGCCAGCCCGUGCAGAUGCUUUUCUGUCUGAAGGAAAAGAACCAAAAGAAGAUCAAUUCGCAUCGGUGGUUCUUCCAGGCCUUUGGCCGCGUCCUCGACCCCAACAUCUGUGUCCUGAUCGACGCCGGCACGCGUCCGGGCCACAACUCCAUCUACCAUCUCUGGAAGGCCUUUGACCUCGAGCCCAUGUGCGGUGGUGCCUGCGGUGAGAUCAAGGCCAUGUUGGGACGUGGCGGCAAGAACUUGCUCAACCCUCUGGUUGCUACGCAGAACUUCGAGUACAAGAUGAGCAACAUUCUCGACAAGCCGCUGGAGUCUGCUUUUGGCUUCAUCUCCGUCCUGCCCGGUGCCUUUUCCGCCUAUCGCUACGUCGCCCUCCAAAACGACAAGAACGGCCAGGGCCCCCUCGAAAAGUACUUCCUCGGCGAGACGCUCCACGGUGGUAGCAGCGCUGGCUUGUUCGAGUCCAACAUGUACCUUGCCGAGGAUCGCAUCCUCUGCUUCGAGCUCGUCACCAAGCGCAACUGUCACUGGAUCCUUCAGUACGUCAAGUCGGCGACCGGCGAGACCGACGUGCCUGAUACUGUCACCGAGCUGGUCUUGCAGCGUCGUCGCUGGCUGAACGGUUCCUUCUUUGCCGCCAUCUACGCCAUUGCUCACUUUUACGAAUUCUUCCGCUCCGACCACUCGAUGCUCCGCAAGAUGGCCUUUUUCAUCGAGUUUGUCUUUAACACCAUUAACAUGAUCUUUGCGUGGUUUGCUAUUGGAAACUUCUUCUUGGUCUUUAGAAUCCUUACGUCUAGUCUGAGCGCCAAAGACUUACUCGGUAGGACCGGACAGAUCCUCAGUAUCGUUUUUACUUGGCUGUACGGUGUCUCGCUUAUGACCUGCUUCGUAUUAUCCAUGGGUAAUCGCCCUGCCGGCUCCGGAAGGCUGUACGCCAUGAUGGUCUGGUUCUGGGCUAUUCUUAUGAUCUACCUCAUGUUUGCCGCCAUCUUCAUCUCCGUCAAUGCCAUCAUCACCGACCUCAACAAGCACAACUUCUCCAUCGACCAGCUCUUUACGAAUCAAGUGUUUGCAACGCUCAUCGUCUCCGUCAUGUCGACGUUUGGCAUCUGGCUGAUUGCGUCCAUCAUCAUGUUCGACCCGUGGCACAUGUUCACCUCGUUCAUCCAGUACAUGCUUCUGACGCCGACGUACACUAACGUGCUCAACGUGUACGCCUUCUGCAACACGCAUGACGUCUCGUGGGGUACCAAGGGCGACGACAAGGUGGAGAAGCUGCCGUCGGUCAACACCAAGGACGGCGCGGGCAAGACGGACCUGCCGGACGAGGGCGACCUCAACGCGCAGUACCAGCGCGAGGUGCAGGUCUUCGCGACCAAGUACAAGGAGGUCAAGAAGCCCCCGACGGCCGCGCAGCUGCAGGAGAAGCAGAUGGACUACUACCGCGGCGUGCGCACCGGCGUUGUGCUCGUCUGGAUGCUGACCAACUUUGCCGUCGCCGCCGUCGUCCUCAGCUCCGCGGGCCUGGAGGACGUGACCCCCGACACGACCCAGGCCGACCAGCGCACCAAGCGCACGACCAUCUAUAUGGCUGUUGUGCUGUGGAGCGUGGCCGUUUUGAGUGCGUUUAAGUUUUUGGGGGCCAUGUGGUUCCUGAUUGUCAGAAUGUUCCGCGGGGUUUAA